CACCCAGAGAUCUCCGGCUUGGUGGCUACAUGCUCAGCUCUCUUUGGCACUGAGAAAACCAACUGUACGAAUCAGCAGGAACCAUGGAUUUUGUAAUGAAACAAGCUUUAGGUGGGGCCACCAAAGACAUGGGUAAGAUGCUGGGUGGGGAGGAGGAGAAGGACCCGGACGCAGCCAAGAAGGAGGAGGAGCGGCAGGAGGCGCUGAGGCAGCAGGAGGAGGAAAGGAAGGCCAAACACGCCCGCAUGGAGGCAGAGAGGGAAAAAGUGCGGCAGACCAUCAGGGACAAGUAUGGGCUGAAGAAGAAGGAGGAAAAGGAAGCAGAGGAGAAAGCGGCUAUGGAGCAGGCCUGUGAAGGGUCACUGACACGUCCGAAGAAGGCGAUCCCGAGGGGCUGCGGAGAUGACGACGAUGAGGACGAGGAGAGCAUCCUCGACACUGUCCUCAAAUUUCUGCCCGGACCUCUACAGGACAUGUUCAAGAAGUAA